UGCCCCCAUUGGUGCUGGCACUGGAACAGAACGGUACCGUCGUCUGCAUUGUCUUACAACUAGCUGCCUUGUUGGUCAACCUCCGUAUGUGGCCCUCGUUUCUACUAAUGUUAGCAUUACCACUUUUUAAAAGGAACGGGAAGUAUACUAUAUCAAGGAUUCUUCGUUGGGGUAAAUUGGUAUAACUUUGGCCGAUUUUCCCCCAUUAUAUUUCCGCGUUUGUAAAAGUUUAUGGUUUUGUUUGUUUAGCCAUAACGUUAUUGCACCUGGAAAGUCGGAGAAGUUUGUGGUUUGAUAGUUAACUACUUCAACACGGUAACUGAGCAAAACACCUGCUGAAUACCAUUAUUAGAUGGAAAGCGAAUCUAAAUUCAUGGCGAUGUACCUUACAUAGGCCUGUUUUGAUCAUGUGGUAACUUAACCAAACGUUCGCUAGCCACUGCGAAGUUGCGAGUUCACUCCGAAAUGAUUGGUCCCGUGCCCUGACUUUCUUCCGCUGUGUUCGCUGAGUGAAUUAAGGAAAUAUGGAGUGACAUGUUGCAGAUUGGUUAGAGGAUUAGCGGCUUUGAGGACACCCACCUCUGUGUGAGCAUAUAUCAUCCCUCACAUCCCGCUUCUGAAGCUCGGCUCCUGAGCCGUGCUGCUAGGGGACCUGGCGUCAUGGCAGAUCCUAGUAUGAUGAGCCUUUUUGGGGAUGAUGGGAAUCUGUUCUCGGAUGAACUGGAGAGUCUGGGGGAUUGUGGUUACCCACCACAGGCCCAAGCCAACCCUAUGGGCCCAGCCAUGGGUCAUGAUCAUCAGGCUUAUGGACCGCUCUCCUCUAGCAUUCACAUGCCUCCACAGGCCGUUCCUGGCCAGCCAAAGCUGGGACCACCUCCAACCCACCACUAUGAUCAUUUCAGCCAGUAUGAGCAGCCACAGAGUGGUCGCAUGCUAGCCAAUGGCCCUGUAAAUGGCAUGUCCUCCCCUCAGUCCCGCUACCAUUCUGCUUCUACAGGACCUGCACCACCUGGACACCAUGGAUAUCCUGGCCCACAGGCGGAUGCCCGAGCCCAGGCUUUUAGUGAUGGGAGUGGCGGUACUUGGGGCCCCCCGCCACAAGUAGUGCAGGUGUCCGAACAGGGCCGCCCUCCGUUCCAGCCGCAACAGCAAGCAGCCCAGUCCCAACAUGGAGGCUCUGGCCCUCAAGGCCAUGGGAGUCAUCAGAUGAGCCCUUACAUGGGCCAUAAUGACUACACAAUUCCAGGUCAUGGACAAACGCAAACUCCUCCCCGGAUGAACCAUUUUCCACAGAGUUUGCCACAGGAGCCCAGUCACUUCAUGGGCCAUGUUGGCCUCCAACAGAGUUCCAAUAUUGGUGGACCCCCUGGGGCACCCCCCAUGAGGCACCCAGCCCAGCAGCCUCCGAGGCACCCACAGGCCCCUCAGCAAUUCCUCCACCGACCCAACCAGGCUGGGCACCGGUCUGAUGCUGUUCCUAGUGCUCAUAAUGCUCAAUAUCCACCCAGUCCUUCAAGGCAGCAGCAGCCUCAGCAGCAACAACAGGUGAUUCCUGGAAGAGCACACCCCAACUUGGGCUACAACAUGCACAGCCAGCCUGUGACUCCAAACACUGUAACCAGCUCAGGACAGUACCCUCCCUACCCUCCAUACGGCAACCUUAAUCAGGGAUUAGCCAACCCUUCAGGGAUGAGUCCCAGCAUGAGCCUUAACACCAGCAGCAGCUAUCCUAGCCAGGGUGGCCCACCACCCCAGCAGCCAAGAUACCCGCCUACUGGCGGGCCCCAGCAGGGACCAAUGCACCAGCAGCAGCAGCCUGCUCUCCACCAGAUGAACCAAAUGAACGCUCAGCCUAUGCACCCGGGCCAGAACUCCUCUGCAGCCCAGCAGAAGCUCCAGCCGCAGCAGAAGCAACAGCAUCUGCCUCAGGGAUCCUAUGGUUCACCCCCCUCAAUGUCACCUAUGAGGAACUUGAGCACUCCUGCUGGCACACCACCUCCCCCUCAGCAUAGUCGCCCUCCCAGCACAGGCCUGGGUCCAGACAUGGUUGCUGCAGGUGGUUACCCUGGUGUCCCUCAGAGUGCAGCAGGCAACAUGCCGCUUCCUCAGAGGGUCCAGCAGAUACCCCACCCCCAGCAGCAGCAGCUCUCCACACAGGUGUACAACCCUCUGUCACCCAACCACAGAGCCCAGGGCAGAACCACCAACCCGAGCCAUGAGUUGCCUCCACAACAGGGGCCACCAGACCAGAGACUGCAUCCUCAGCAGCUGCAGUCACCUCCAAUGCCUUUCCAGCAGCAGCAGCUGCAGCAGGUGUGCCCUCCUUCUGCUGCACUGCCCCCACCCCAGCAGACACACCUGGCUGCUAUCCAUCAGAACUCUCCUCCCUCACAGCAGCCUUGGGCGCCACCACACCAGUCAACUCCACCCAGCCAGAAAGUGCCUCUAAUGCAGCAUUCCCCAUCAGAACCUCCAGUAGAGGUGACCACACCCAGCGGGCCUCCCACCUCUGCCUGUGGCCAAAGCCCUCAGCCAACCAACUGUGACCAGCAGCAGAUGGAAAGCAACCAGAAGCCAAAAAAGAAAAAGAAGAAGAAAGCCAAGGUGAGUGAGACUGAGGACGGGGAGUCCGGCAGUGUGGAGAAAGACCCUGAGGCUGUGUUGAGCCCGGAUGCAACCCAGACCCACCCUGCACAGAAGAAGAGUAAGAAGAAACCAAAGGAGAAGGAGCCCAAGACUCCCAAAACACCCAAAGAGCUCAAGGAGAAGAAGGCUAAGGCAACAUCCACCCCUAAAGCCAAGAGCUCCAAGAAGCCAAGCACGAAGAAGUCAGACUCUGAUAGUGGUUUGGGCACCAAGAAGGAAGCCAAGCGGAAGAGGGAGCCAUCUGUCAACUCAGACACUGAGAAGACACCACCUCCCUCUCCAGAGGAAGAGGAGGAGGAUGAUGGUGUUCAGAAGAGACGGUCCAGUCGUCAGGUAAAGAGAAAACGGUAUACAGAGGACCUUGAGUUCAAGAUUUCUGAUGAUGACGAUGACCACUCCACUGGUCCCAAAUCCCCUUCCAAUGCCUCUGAACAGCAGGAGGUGCCUGAUACAGAGGGGCCUGUUGUUGAGAAGAUCAUGGGGAUGCGUGCUGUCAAGAAAGAGUUGGAGUCUGGAGAAGUGGAAGUGGAAGAGUUUUAUGUUAAAUUCAAGAGUUUCUCUUAUUUGCAUUGUCGUUGGGCAGAUGUGGAGGAACUUGAAAAAGACAAACGGAUCCACCAGAAAGUUAAGAGGUUCAAGGCCAAACAGGCCCUCAGUAACUUUCUUACUGAGAUGGAUGAUGAACCCUUUAACCCAGAUUAUGUUGAGGUGGACAGGGUUUUAGAUGUGUCUGAAUCAACUGAUGAGAAUGGAGAGCCUGUGAUUCUAUACCUGGUGAAAUGGUGCUCCCUUCCCUAUGAGGACAGCACAUGGGAACUGAAGGCAGACAUUGACCAGAGCAAGAUUGAGGAGUUCGAACGAGUGAUGGCAAGGGAACCAGAGCUCAAACGUGUGGAGCGACCUCCUGCCAGCGACUGGCAGAAAUCCGAGAGUUCCAGGGAAUAUAAAAACAGCAACACACUCAGGGAAUACCAGCUGGAGGGAGUGAACUGGCUACUCUUCAACUGGUUCAACACACGGAAUUGUAUUCUUGCUGAUGAAAUGGGUCUUGGAAAAACCAUUCAGUCCAUCACAUUCCUCCAUGAGAUCUACCUGAAGGGAAUCCAUGGGCCAUAUUUGGUCAUUGCGCCACUGUCAACCAUUCCAAACUGGGAGAGGGAGUUCCGUACGUGGACUGAGUUGAACGUAGUGGUUUACCAUGGCAGCCAAGCCAGCCGAAGAACCAUCCAGACCUAUGAAAUGAACUACAGAGAUGCACAGGGCAAGGUGAUAAAAGGAGCCUACAAAUUCCAUGCCGUCAUCACCACGUUUGAGAUGAUCCUGACCGAUUGCCCAGAGCUGCGCAGUGUGCCAUGGCGCUGUGUCAUCAUUGAUGAGGCCCAUCGCCUCAAAAACCGCAACUGCAAACUGCUCGAGGGCCUGAAGAUGAUGGACAUGGAACACAAAGUUCUGCUGACGGGGACUCCUUUGCAAAACACUGUAGAGGAGCUUUUCAGUCUUCUCAACUUUCUGGAGCCAGAUCGCUUCCCUUCAGAGACCACCUUCAUGCAGGAAUUCGGCGAUUUGAAAACUGAGGAACAGGUUCAGAAGCUGCAGGGUAUCCUGAAGCCCAUGAUGCUUCGGCGUCUAAAGGAGGAUGUGGAGAAGAACCUGGCUCCCAAGGAAGAGACCAUCAUUGAGGUGGAGCUUACCAAUGUGCAGAAGAAGUACUACCGUGCUAUCCUGGAGAAAAACUUUACCUUUUUGUCAAAGGGUGGAGGUGGAGGUGGAGGAGGUGGUGGUGGUGGAUCCAGUGUACCUAACCUGCUGAACACAAUGAUGGAGCUGAGGAAAUGCUGCAACCAUCCCUACCUCGUCAAUGGUGCUGAAGAGAAGAUACUGGAAGAAUUCAGAGAAAGUCACUCCACUGAACACUCAGAUUUCCAGCUCCAAGCUAUGAUCCAGGCAGCAGGCAAACUGGUGCUUAUUGACAAGCUGCUGCCCAAGCUGAAGGCCGGCGGUCACCGUGUGCUCAUUUUCUCUCAGAUGGUGCGCUGUCUGGACAUUUUAGAGGACUACCUCAUCCAGAGAAGGUACCCAUAUGAGCGGAUUGAUGGCAGAGUGAGGGGAAACCUUCGCCAGGCAGCUAUUGACCGCUUUUCCCGGCCUGACUCGGACCGCUUCGUGUUUCUGCUGUGCACCCGGGCUGGAGGUCUGGGCAUCAACCUGACUGCUGCAGACACCUGCAUUAUAUUUGACUCUGACUGGAACCCACAGAAUGACCUUCAAGCUCAAGCUAGAUGCCACAGAAUAGGACAGAGCAAGGCUGUGAAAAUCUAUCGCCUCAUCACCAGGAAUUCUUAUGAGAGGGAGAUGUUUGAUAAAGCCAGCUUGAAGUUAGGACUCGACAAAGCUGUGUUACAGUCAAUGAGUGGCAGGGAGAACGCUGCUAAUGGGGUUCAACAACUUUCCAAGAAGGAAGUUGAAGAUCUCCUACGUAAGGGAGCAUACGGAGCACUCAUGGAUGAAGAGGACGAAGGCUCCAAAUUUUGUGAAGAAGACAUUGACCAAAUUUUACAGAGACGCACACAGACCAUUACCAUCGAAUCAGAGGGCAAAGGUUCCACUUUUGCCAAGGCCAGCUUUGUGUCCUCUGGAAACAGGACCGAUAUUUCUCUGGAGGACCCAGAUUUCUGGCAGAAAUGGGCAAAGAAAGCCGAGCUGGACCUGGAUGCUAUUAAUGGAAGGAACAACUUGGUGAUUGACACACCACGAGUGCGGAAGCAGACUCGCCAUUACAGUUCCAUGAAAGAAGAUGAGCUGAUGGAGUACUCUGAGCUCGAGAGUGACUCUGAGGACAAGCCAGUGGCCAAACCCAGAAGACCACAGGACCGGGCUCAAGGCUAUUCACGUAGCGAGUGUUUUAGAGUGGAGAAGAACCUGCUUGUCUAUGGCUGGGGCCGCUGGAGAGAUAUUCUCUCUCAUGGUCGCUUCAAGCGUCCUCUGCGGGAGCGGGAUGUGGAAACCAUCUGCCGUGCUCUGCUGGCCUAUUGCCUGCUGCACUACCGUGGUGAUGAGAACAUCAAGAGCUUCAUCUGGGACCUCAUCACACCCACUGAAGAUGGCCAGAGCCGCACACUCUCAAAUCACUCUGGCCUGUCUGCUCCUGUGCCUCGAGGACGUAAAGGAAAAAAGGGCAAGUGUCAGGCCCCCCAGACUCACACACCUCAGGCAGAUUGGCUGGCUGACUGCAACCCUGAUGUUCUGCUGCAGGAGGAUAGCUACAAGAGACAUCUCAAGCACCACUGCAACAAAGUCCUGCUACGGGUGCGCAUGCUGUACUAUCUACGACAGGAAGUCAUUGGAGACCAAGCGGACCGCAUCCUGGAUGGAGCAGAUUCCAGUGAGCUGGACAUUUGGAUCCCACAGCCCUUCCACGCUGAAGUCCCCGCUGAUUGGUGGAACAGUGAGGCAGAUAAAUCCCUCCUUAUUGGUGUCUUCAAGCAUGGCUAUGAGAAGUAUAACUCGAUGCGAGCCGACCCCAGUCUGUGCUUUCUAGAGCAUGUUGGCAUGCCUGACGCCAAAGCUAUUGCUGCUGAGCAGAGGGGAGCGGACAUGAUGGCAGAUGGAGUAGAAGGGGAGGAUGAAGACCCUGAGUACAAGCCAGUGAGAAUGCCAUUCAAAGAUGAUAUGGAUGAUUUUACCAACUCUCCUCUUGAUGAUAAAGAGGAGACAAUGGAUGUGGAAAGUGAAGUUAAAGCAGGGGACAGCUAUAAGGCGGGGAACCUGUAUUGGCCCCUAGCCUCAGCUCUGACUGCUCGUCUUCGCCGACUCAUCACGGCAUACCAGCGUACACACAAGAGGGAACAGCUUCGACAAGAAGCCCUUGCCAAGCCUGACCGCCGCCGCCGCCGUUUUCGUGAGGACCUUCUGGCUGUGGCUAGUGAGGUCGGCGCCUAUGCAGCGCCAGAGGUGGGCAGUUUUCUGGCAGAAGGUGGGCCGUUCAUGACUAAAGGCUCGCCCUUCAUCCCAGAGGGGGCAGCCCUCACGGGUGACGCUGGAGCGUUCUUCAAGGAAAGAAGGCAGAGAUGGACUCGUCGUGAGGAAGCUGACUUCUACCGAGUGGUGUCCACGUUUGGUGUAGUCUACGAUGUUGCUCAGCAGUGCUUUGACUGGAGUCAGUUCCGUGCCUUUGCCCGCCUUGAUAAGAAGACUGAUGAGAGUCUGGAGAAAUACUACUUCUCCUUUGUGGCCAUGUGCAAGCGUGUAUGUCGCAUGCAGGCCAAAACUGACACAGACCUGGCUGAUCCCACCCUAAUCAUUGACCCAAUCACUGAAGAGCGUGCGUCACGUACACUUUAUCGCAUUGAACUUUUGCGACGGAUCCGUGAGCAGGUCCUACCUCAUUCCAUGCUGGAGGAGAGACUGCUCCUAUGCCAGCCCAGCCCAGAGCUGCCUGCCUGGUGGGAGCCUGGCCGCCAUGACAAGGACCUGCUACGUGGAGCUUCCAAGCAUGGUGUCAGCCGCACAGACUACCACAUUCUGAAUGACCCUGAGUUGAGCUUUUUGGAGGCUCACCGACGUUUCUCCCAGCCACCGGGAACCUCUCUCAAUCCACCAAGCCAGAAUACCCCCUCCAGCUUGCCUAAAGAUGAGCAGGUAGAAGCAGUCAAGGACAAGGAGCAGCCGGAGGCUAUUGCAACCUCCUGUAAAGCAGAGAAGAGUGACUCUGAGCGAGAAGAAGUUAAGGAGGAGGUGAAAUCAGGUGCAGCCUCACCUAAAGAAGUAGUGAAGGAAGAAAAUGAGGAGGAAGAAAUAAAGGAGCUGAAGGAGGAAGAAAUUGAAGAAAUGGCAGUUGAGAAGGCACAGGAGGAUGAAAAGAGUGCCCCUGAAAAGGACGGUGAGGAGAAGACCCUUGUCAAGCAGCCUGUGGAAGAAUUGCUUGAGUCCAAAGAGGAGCAAAGCCCAGCUGCAGAAAAGGAACCUCUGACUGAGGGGGAGGUCACAUCCGAGAGAGGCUCAGAAAAGCUCUCGGAGGAGGAGGAAGAGGAGAAAAUUGAUGACGACAAAUCAGAGAAAUCAUCUCAGGCAGAAGUUGGAGUGACUUCUGACAGGAAGAACUUUGAUGAGGAAAGCAAUGCAUCCCUGAGCACAGCUCGGGAUGAGACGCGAGACGACUUCUGUGCUGAUGAUAUGGAAGGGUCAACAGCUCAGACGCUCUCUGACCGCCCGCUUACCUUUGCUUUCUGGCCUAAGGACCGGAUUAUGAUCAACCGUAUGGACAACAUCUGUGAAGCGGUCAUUAAGGGUAAAUGGCCCACCAACAGAAGGCAGUUCUUUGAUUUCCCAGGCCUGUUACCUGGUUACAGCUCUAUGAUGGUGGACAGCCCUCUACAGAGGAGGAGCCUGGGAGAUCUGUCCAUGAGUGGGCAGACAAGCUUCAACGGUAGUGAUGACCUCACCAAGUCCCCAACGGUCAGCAAGAAGGAUGGUUCUAAAGCGCCUACUCCCUCUGUGCAGGACGAGGCCCUGAGUCUAUCAGUCCCGCGUCGGCGGCGGCGACGCAGGAAGGUGGAGAUUGAGGCCGAGCGUGCUGCCAAACGGCGUAAUCUCAUGGAGAUGGUGGCGCAGCUGCGGGAGUCUCAUGCCUCUGAUGACCAGGCCCAUGCCAUGGACCUGACUAAAGCUCUGCAUGGUCUACCAGCCCCUUCCUCUUCCUCAACCUUUUCUGCUGGCCUGGCCGCCUCCUCUUCUGCUGCCCUGAAGGCCCAGAUGGAGCUGCUGCAGGCAGGCACACUGGGGCGGCCACGGGCCAAUGGCUCCCUACUGGAUAUAGAACUGCCCACACGUCGCAGAAGGGGCCGCAGGAAAAAUGUGGAGGGCUUGGAGCUCCUAUUCAUGGGGAACAAGAGGGCUGCAGAAAGUGCUGAUGAUACUGAGCGGACCAAAGCAUUGGAGGAGGGUGGUGGCUUUCCAGCACGGGCCCCCAAACACAUUCCUUCUGCUGGCAACAAGGGCCCUGGCAGGGGGCGGGAGGAGGGAGAGGACGGCCCCAGCACCAAGGACCUGAGGGAAUGGCUACGACAACACCCCACCUACACCAUGGAUAUGCCUGGAUAUGUACCAAAGAGUGAAGAACUGCUUCUGUCACAGUUUCCUAAACCUAAGCAAAAGAGGCAUCGCUGCCGCAACCCCAACAAGAUAGACAUAAAUACACUAACCGGUGAAGAGAGGGUACCAGUAGUGAACAAGCGAAACGGACGCAAGAUGGGAGGAGCCAUGGCACCUCCUAUGAAGGACUUGCCCAGAUGGCUCAUGGAAAACCCUGAGUUUGCUGUGGCUCCUGACUGGACUGAAAUUGUCAAGCAGUCCGGCUUCCUCCCCGAGUCCAUGUUUGACCGCCUCCUGACUGGUCCUGUCGUUCGAGAAGAAGGUGUUCGCCGUCGAGGCAGGAGACCCAAAUCAGAGAUUGCCAAGGCAACAGCAGCUGCAGCAGCUCAGGCAGCAGCAGCAGCAGCUUCCACUACCGGUGUGAACCCUCUACUGAUGAAUGGCCUCUUUGGGGGUAUGGACCUCACCAGCUUACAGGGCCUGCAGAACCUUCAGAGCCUUCAACUGGCUGCAGGGUUAAUGGGCUUUCCUCCAGCACUGAGUGGGGUUGGAGAUGGCAAGCAUUCAGCCUCACCCAUGCUGCCCCUCAUGCUGCCUGGUAUGGGGGGCCUCCCUAAUAUGUUUGGCCUGAGCAGUCUGUUCGGAGCUGCCGCUGCUGCCACAGCAUCUCCUUCUAAUGGAAACAACUCCACUGUGAACACCAAUGAACAGGGAGACACGGAUGCAAAAACCCUGCCCAAGAAUGAUGCCAAUGAAGAGGUAGAAGAGAAAGAGGGUGAGGCUGAAGAAAAGGACAAAGACAAGACUAAUGCUUCCAGUGAGGUGGAAUCCACUGAACCUAACGGAGAGGCAGCAUUGGCUGCAGCAGCUGCUGCCGCUACUGCGGGCAUGUCCACCAACGCACUAGCUUUUAAUCCCUUCCUGCUUUCCACCAUGGCCCCUGGCCUCUUUUAUCCCUCCAUGUUCCUCCCAACAGGCCUGGGAGGGCUGGGCCUGCCUGGCUUCUCCCCCACCUCACUGGCUGAUUUGCAGAAUGCUAUGAAUGGAGCACUGGGAGCUACAAGUGAAAACAGGGAAUCCACGAAGCGGCCCGAACCAGACCAAGACAAGCCAGCUGCUGCAACCACUGCAGACACAACCAUUGAGAACAGUGACUCAGAGGAGAGUCAGAACAAGACUGCGGAGUCAUCAGCACUAGAUGAGGAUAUAGCUGGACCAGCUGAGGAACUGGACUCCUUAGAAGGAGGAGAAGAGGAUGACGAUG